AUGAUCGUGCCAAAAAGGCUGCCCACCGCAAACAAGACAUACUACAAAGCCUCAAAAGCGGAAACGUCAGAGUUCAGAGACGAAUCACGCACUUUCAACUUCUUCAGGUACAGCCUUCCUCGUCUCCAAGGUGCCGUUUUUAAAAUUCUGCCCGAGCUGGUUAGGAGGACUGAGUACGCAGAAUCUUGUCCACAGAAUCAAGCAAGAUACGAAGACGAGAUCCUGCGGCUGGAUUCUGAAUUGCAAAAUACUCUGCAACUCCGUGAAUUCAUCAGCGACCUAAACGCCGAAAUGUGCAAGCUCGAGGGGGCUCUAAACAAAUUCGUUGUUGGACAAAUUCCACCUCGAUCAGCGGCCGAUGUCUUCCCCCUAAUCAAGGUCAUUUCGCCGGAUUCGGCAAGCAUUUGGUACGACAAUGUAGGGAUUCUCAGCCCGGCAGUGGUGAACUGCUCGCCCUUUGAAGAGGAAAUGACCAAGGAUAAUGUCGAGCACCAUCUGCAACCCGGAGACAAAUCAUUUCCGCCAACUACGUCCGUUUCAACCAGUCCAGGUAGGAUCUACAAUAUCAGCAAGUCAUGGAGCUUCUCUACCAGAGAAAAAUGCUAUGUCUACAUUAUAGACCCUGCUUUACUUCAGGCGUCUGGUGUCGCGUGCCGCUGCACCCCGGAUCUCGUCAAAGAACUUGGAAUUACUACAUACUCCCUGAGCAACCAGGACGGAGUGCACUACGUCACCCCGAGUCACCAUAUUUGCCAUCCAUAUAUUCCAGCCGAAGCUAUAAUCAUGAGUAUGUGCCUGGACCUAUUCUUCUUGUUCCUGGAGGACACCGGAAUUAUAGGUAGUACGACUUCAAAAGCCAGAACUCUGUUGGAUACCUCCUGCACCGAAAAGAGUUCAGUCCAAGACUACCUUGACUUUGCUGAGAGUCACAAUCACGCUUCUGCGAGCUCUAUGGUGAAAUUGGGGCCCGCAGUAAAUGCGUUUCUUUCCUACCAGGAGCCCGUCUCCGAUGAAUCUGUCGAAUGUCUAGUGACAGAGACGUCAGCCCUUCAAAUAUAG